AUGCAGCCUUUCGGACGCCCCAUCGCCCGGGCUAUCGUGAGCCAGACAAGAUUGGGGCUCCAGGCAUCCUCGAGGUUCAGCUCCUCAUUGAAUUGGGGACCAUGUCUCCAACCUACAUACCCACGGCCCCCCUGCGGCCUCGGCCCUCGCAGUCCAUGGCGGUCUUUCUCGUCACAGCCACCGAAACCCCCGAAGGAGGCUACUGAAGAUGGGCCGGCAAUACCUGAGGAACAUUCUCAACCCGUCGACAAGCUGAGCAGAAUUACCGACCGCCUCUCGAGCACCAGGGAGCACCGGGAUCUCCCGUCGGCAUUGGAAAAGAGACGCAGCGAGAUGAAUCAAAAGUUCAGUGAGAUCAUGGACAAUGUACAGUCUCGGGUCCUCACCGCGUCGAAAACCCUCAACGAGAUGACCGGAUACACCAGCAUCGAGGCCAUUAAAGCAGACAAUGCCGCCCUCGAGAUAUCCCUCGCUGAUGCCCAAGCCCGCGUCCGCGCGGCCCGGCAGGCCUACAAAACAUCCAAUUCAAAACGAGCGACUACCCAGCGAGAGGUUACAACGCUUCUUGCGCGGAAGGAGUCGUGGACUCCUAGUGACCUUGAGCGAUUUACGGAACUGUACCGAACGGAUCAUUCUCUCGAGGGCGAGGUCGCGCAUGCGCAGGAAUCGCUGACUGAGGCUGAGGCGGAAGAGCAGAGCUUAAGUCAAAGGUUGAAUAAUGGGAUUCUGAAGCGAUAUCACGAGGAGCAAAUCUGGAGCGACCGCAUUCGGAGGGCCAGUACAUGGGGAACAUGGGGUCUCAUGGGGAUGAACUUUCUCCUGUUCGUCGUUAUCCAAUUCUUUGCGGAACCUUGGAAACGAAGACGUCUCGUCAAGGGAGUGGUUGCCGAAGAAAAAGGACUUUUGGAAGAGGUUCGCUCCGAGCUGAAUGCUCUCAAAGAGGCUUUGCAGCAGCAAGAUCAGAGGUUGGAAACGACACAGCUGGAGGGUCAACCUACCGUCGCAGCGGCUAAGGAAGCAGUUCCGGAGACAGUCGAAGCAGAGACAGGAGCCGUUACGGAGCGUGUGGUUGCUACCCCUAAAACCAAAGCCCAACAACCAAGAGGCGCAAAAACAACGCUUCUGGGUCUGGAUCUGGAUCUAGAUCUGGAUGCAUGGAAAGCCUUCCUGCUUGAUCUACCAAGAUGGAGAGCUGCGUUUGAAGAUUUAUUCAGCGACAGGCGGUUAGACUUCCGAAUGAAAGAUGCCUCCGUUCUGGCAUUGGAGGGGGCAUUGGCCGGGGCAACGCUAGCUGGCAGCCUCGUCUGGAUUAUAAUUCGCACCUGA